AGGCGAUCGCAAAGUUGUCUGUGCUCAGAGACAUGGAGUGAUGAAAAGGCCGAGGGUGAAAUUCUGGCCCUACUGAAAUCAAUGACAAGGAUCCCCUGGAGUUCAGUGGGGCCAGGAUUUCACCCCUGAAGUCAAGUCCAGGGAAGCUCAGAUUUUAACAAUGGGAAAUGGGGGCAUCUUUAUUCCUGUUUCCAUUUCAGCCAACUGAUUGAAAACAACGUUCAGUCGAAAAAUUCCCAACUAACUCCAGCCCUAGGACCUGUUUGGAGGGGAGACAGAGGAACGGACUGGGGAGGAACAGACCAGAGAGGACACAGCAGAGAAACCAGCAUCUCAGCCAGAGCAGCGCGGCAGUGUUUGAUUCCAUGUGGAGCCUGCAUUUCUCCCUCUGCCAGGAGGAGGAUGAAGAAAAAAAGAAUGAAAAACAGGGUCAGGGGGAGAUAAGAGAGAAUGUUCUUUUUCUUGGCUGGGUCCCAAGGAGGGCCCCCAAAAAUGAAGUUUCUAGAGGGACUUUCCAGCAGCCCCUCUCUAUAAACAUCUGUAAGAACCGCCCUGGGCUGAGAGUCCCGAGACAGAUCGACCAAGUGCUGCCAGGAUCCGAGGAGGCACAAGGAGAAAUCAUGACUACGACUGUGCAGCCACUGCCAAAGGUAAUUCAGAAGCCUGGCUGCUCAGCAGUGCUGCAGAAUUCUCCCACCAGUGUCUGGAAGGCUCUCUUGGAGAAAGCCACCCACCUACAAACCCUCGUCAUCGGCCCAGAAACUGACACCAACGUAACCCUGAACAUCAUCAAUGGCCAGAAAUCACUUUGCCUGGAAGCCGAUCUCCACAACACGGUUGAUCAGAUCAAGAAGUGGAUCAUGCUGGAGGGGAAGUUUGGUGACUCAGGGUCCAUCCGCCUGCUGUAUGGGAACCAGGAACUGCAGGGCCCAAAGACCUUGGGUCAGCACAGAGUGACGAGCCCAGCCACCCUGUUCAUCGUCCACAAAUGCACAGGGGGAUAAGCCACCACAGCAUGUUAAAGGCAACAUGGGAGAGCACAGUUGAUUAAAUUAAUGCAAAUUGCUUGUUUCCUUAAAUUAAUCUCUGUUUUCUGAUCUUUAUGCCAAUGAUUGUGCUUAGUUUUAGAAGUUGAGCAGCUGUGUUAGUCCUGCGCAUUAAAAGACAAAGAAUAAAAGGUUUUUCAAGGG